CCGGAAGCGGAAGUAGGGGAGGACGAGGCAGUUCCGGUUUCUCUCCCAGUCUCCCCAUGGCGCCGCGGAGCUCUCGUCAGACGGGCUCGCACAAGGCGCGCUCCCUGGCCCGCCAGUGGAAAGCGAAGCGGCGGCGCCGGGACCUGGACCAGAUCCACGGGGACCUGCGGCCGGACAACGCGGCCAGGCUGCUGCACCAGGAGCCGGACCCCGACAUGCCCGGGAGCGCGCAGCACUACUGCCUGCACUGCGCGCGAUACUUUGUAGAUUUGAAUAGCAUGAAGGAACAUUUCAAAUCUAAAGUUCACAAAAGAAGACUGAAGCAGCUGAGUGAGGAGCCUUAUACCCAGGAGGAGGCAGAGAGAGCAGCUGGGAUGGGAUCCUACAUUCCUCCAAAGAAGAUAGAAGUACAGACUCAACCGCUUGAGAUGGAGGAAUCUGGCUGAAUACGGAGGCUCAGAGAUUGUUCUCUGAUCCAUUAGAAAGUGCCCUUGAUUAAAGCCCCACUUUGUGGCAGCGUCUUUUCUGAGUUCAGCAAGUGUCUUUAAAAACACUCCCCCUGCAACAAGGCAUAACAACUAACUCCGCUGUUCUCAUUAAUUCUUCAGCAAGGAGUAGAGCACUGACCAGCGGAGACCUUUGGACCCUCUUGCUUUGGCAGAUAUUGUGCAUUAUGUUUUCAUUGGCAACAUGGACAUACAGUGCAGCCAGAGGUCCAGGGAAAGGAUGAGCAACGUCCUGCUGUGAUAGUGACCUGAUUGUUACAGUCUUUUCUCUUUGUGUUGGUAUUUUAAGCAGUGGAUGCAGCUCUUGGCUCAGAGUGUGACCUCUGAAAUCACCCAUCAAACUAUUUUAGCAAUCAAGCUGGCAGCUGCUGAAGGAGCUGUAGAACAUUCCUUGCCAGUUUGAUCCAGAUUGAGUUGUAGGGACUCAGUUUGGAAAAUGAGCUGAGCUGAAUUGUUAGCAAAAACAGCCCUUUCACCAACCAGCUACCUGGACUGGGGCUAAUGCCACCAGCUUGAUCGUUCAUGAUGACUGUUUGAAUUAGUUGCUUGAAGUCGCCUAUCCUUGUUUGUGGGGCGCCUAGAAAAGAGGUCUGAGCAGCCUUGCAGCUUGGUCACUGCUAAAUUCCCACUAUAUUUAUUCUUAAUAUAUUUCCUUUGGCAGAUGU